AUGACUACACAUUACUUCUCGGACAAGCUCCCUCAUGCCCACGCGAUACCCCUUUCUCAAUUCAACCCCUUGUCUUUACCAGUACUGCUGGCCAUUGUCCUCGUUCUGGUAUCUGCCUCGUUGCUUCAAGCCUACUUGGCAACCCGUCGUCCCAAGGACUUCCCCCCAGGACCACCAACGACGCCUUUCCUUGGCAACAUCCUCGACGUACCGCUCUCAAAGCCUUGUGUCACUUUUGCCAAGUGGGCACAGAGCUAUGGUCCAAUACUGGGGAUCAAAGCUGGUCCCAUGAGCAUGGUGGUACUUCACGACCCUGACGACAUACAUGAGCUCUAUGACCGCAGGGGCAGCACAUAUGCGGGCAGACCGUACAACUAUAUUGCGCUGAACCACGUCUUUGAGCCAGACAUUGGCCAGAUUUAUCUGUUCCAGCGCAAUGACAGGCUGCUGAAGCGAUGGAAACGGCCUGCGAGGUGGUUCCUAAGUCAGCAGGGCAUUGAGGGGAUCAUGCCCAUCCUCAACGCCGUGGAGGCUCGCUGUAUCAAGGCACUAUGUGACAGUCCAUCUCAAUUCCUCGAGCAUCUGCGCGUCUGGGCGCUGAGUACGCCGCUUAUUGUUCUCAGCGGCCAGACACAUAUUAACCAAGAUCUGCUGCGGACAUACUUUUACCGACAACAGCUCGUCACGGGGCUUCUUGAGCCAGGCAAGACGCCACCCGUCGACUUCAUAGCGCCGCUACGGUGGCUCCCGAUCUUCCUUGCAAAGUGGAAGAGGGAUGCUUAUUUUGUGCGCAAGCAUCAGGAUGCCUUUUACGGGGAGAUGCUGGCGGGAGCCGUGAGCAACCGACAGAGGCGGAAGGAUGGAGAUAAGAAUGUUGGGGAGUAUGAACCUGUGAUGGCGAGAUUGCUGGGAGAGGGGAUGCCGGAGAGGGAGGUCAAGUGGCUAGCGGGAGGACUCCUUGAUGCUGCGUUUGACACUGCGAGUGCGGCGGUUACCAAUUUUGUGGUGGCUUUAGCAGGACAUGCAGAUGUUCUCAAGAAGGCUAGGGAAGAGGUGGAAGCCGUCUGUGAAGGGAGAAUGCCAACGGACGAGGAUGUAGGGAAGAUGCCCUACCUCAAGGCUUGCUUGAUGGAGACAUUCCGAUGGCGUCCUUCAGCACCUCUUGGUCUCCCACACGUCACAGACUCAGACGACACAUACAAAGGAUACUUAAUCCCACGCGGCACGAACAUCAUAGUCAACGCCUUUGCCAUCCUCCACAACCCAGACGUGCACCCCAACCCAACGGCAUUUGACCCGACACGCUACCUAGAUCCAGAAAAACAAACAGGUGAGCACAGCAAGAGCACAUGGAUCUUUGGCGCCGGGCGGAGACGAUGUGUGGGAGACCAAUACACGAUGCAUGCGUUGAUGGCGAUCAUGGCCAAGAUGGUGUGGACGAUGGACAUGAAGGUUCCUGAAGGGACGGAUCUGAGUGUUGAGGGAGGGUUUGACGAUGGGUUGAUGAUGAAGCCGAGGGAGAAUGUCACGGUGGAGUUUGAAGUUAGGGAUGGGAGGAGGGAGAGGGUUGAGGAGGAGUGGCGGAAGGGGGAGAGGGAGUUGGAGAGGAUGCUAGGGAAGUGUUGA